AUGACACUAAUAUCUGGUCGCGCACUAUAUUAUGAUGAGUUAAAUGAAGACACCAAUACAAAAUUAACCUCUAGUGAAGAAGAAGAUUUUAAAUCACAACUAUCAAAUAUAUUAAAUGAUAAUGAUGAUGAUAUUGAUGAUAAUAAUGAUUUAUCUUUUGAUUCCUAUGAAGAAAAAAAAUUUCAUCAACGACAAAUAUCCUCUGAUUCUCAAGAUUCAAAUACAGUAUCACCGCAUACUCGAGAAGCAAUAAUGGAUAUUCUUCAAAAAGCUUUUGAUCAAGGUUGGCGGCCUAAUUUAAAACAUUACAUUCCAGCAACACGUUUCGGUCGUCAUCGCCGGUGA